GGCCGCGGACGGGAGCGGCGGGCGGGGGGGGGGGCUCUUCUUUUCCGGGCUGCGCGCCCCACCUCCCGGGCUCGCGCGCGACCCAUGGCAGGCGCGUGGCCAGAGGGCUUGGUGUACAAGAACACUUUUCUGGACUGCGAGUCGCCGUGGGUCUCUCCUGUCACCGUGGAGCGGCGCGCCAAGUCGGACCCCUCCUCGGACCGCUUCUCGGCGUCGGAUCUGGCUGGCGACGGCAGACUGGAGAAGAGGCAGCUCUCCUGGGCGACUGCAGACUGGACACUGCCCGGCCACUGCAGCAGGGAGCAGCGGUCUUUGACCUCUGGGACAGGCAGCGGCAGGAGCGAUCGUGGAGGGCCAGGGUGUGUUUCGGUCGGGCCGCAGCAGCAGGAUCCGUCGUGGCCCGAGCCAGCGAAUUUGGAGUCCGCCGCUUGGACACUCCGCCAGGAGAUGGAGGAAGAGGAGCGCUCGAAGGAGGGCCUAAAAGCGGGGACCCCCAUGACAAAGACGCAGCGGCGUCACUUGCAGCGAAAGUGUGCGAAGGUCAGGCAGGCGAGCGAGAUUCCCGACGCAGCGGCCGGCAGCUCGAAAAACUCCACCAAGGUCUCUCUGUGAUGGCCCCUGUUCGUUCAGGUCCUGGUAGCUGGUAGGAUGUGGCCUGCGUUACCUCGGUGAGGCCGCGUCUUCGUCGCGCUACCAGGCCUAAUUAGUGGCUCUUUCUGCUCUCGAUGGAUUGGUCCUCCUCCCGUCCUUCCUGCUCUCCCCCCCCCACGCGCCUCCUCGGGAUCUUUCCGGAGGCGGGGCUGCCCGCGGUAGGGCGUGGUAUAGGCGUUCUUGGCGCUCCCGGGCGCCUGCGCCCUGCCCCACACGUCCGGCGGCGCGCCGCCCCCCCAAGCCCGGGGCUCUCGGGGCGGAGCACGCGAGGGCGCUCUCGGGACGGGGCCAGAGCGUUUUGGAACACUCUCGGAGCGCUCCGACACGCUCUGAAGCGCUCGAGACGCCUUGACAGGGCCACUGGUCCUCGCAGGCGCUCGAGGGAUCUCCGCCCGGUCUCGCCCUCUUCCCGGCCUUGUCCCAGCUCUCCGUGCUUGAGAGCUGGGCUCUCGGGCCCCUGUCCGCACCACAGCGCAAGCUUGAUUUGCUCUCGAGUCCAGCACAUCCUUGCAGCGUGUCGCCCACUGACUGCGCGGCACGUGGAGCUGCAGGAGGAGAGCAGACGGG